CCUCCGAGAACGCUGAGCGGUUGCGGCCGGUCGUGGUGCUGCUGGUGGCGGCGGCGGUGGGGGGGGGCCAGGUGGUGGUUGAACAGCGGUACCGGUGCGAUACCCCCUCCUCCGGGACGGAGUGAAGCAUGAUGGGGCCGCGCAGCCUCACCUGCGGAGCCGCAGACGGACGCUUGGCACCGGGGGGGACAGCCAUGGGGGGCACACCGCGGACAGCCUUCCCCUCCACGAACCACAGCGAGUCCACUUCCACGUCCUAGAGAGGACAGGACGGGACGGGACGGGCAGAGACAUUCCCGAUGGAAAGCAGGACAUUGUCGGCUAAAAUGCGCUGGAUCACUCUGCUGCUGGCCGGCUUGACUUUUUGGGACAAAGUGGUCUUGUGUGUGGACGACGACCAGGCGGACUAUGACUACUACGAGGACGACAGAGUGGACACCAUCGACUACAAGGACCCGUGUAAAGCUGCUGUCUUCUGGGGUGACAUUGCGUUAGACGAGGAGGACGUGCGCAUGUUCCAGGUUGACAGGACGAUAGACCUGUCACAGCACACGCGCACACACUCCGUAAAGGGCCACACGUCCGGUGGCCUGGACGAGCAUGAAGUAUUAAAGAAGAGAGGGUCGUUGUACCUGCUGCUGGAGAGGAUACGGAAUUUCGGUUUGGACUUUCUCCCCCUGAAAAACUCCAGUAAGGGAACUGUCAGCCACAAGAGACCAAGCGUCAAGGCGGGGUAUGCUGCAAAGAGUCGCUUUCCCCGAGCGGCCACAUCCCGAUCAGAGAGGAUCUGGCCCGGGGGGGUCAUUCCAUACAUCAUCGGGGGCAACUUCACUGGUAGUCAGAGGGCCAUGUUCAAGCAGGCCAUGCGUCACUGGGAGAAACAGACGUGUGUGACUUUCAUUGAGAAGACGGAUGAGGAGAGCUACAUUGUGUUCACCUACCGACCCUGCGGGUGUUGCUCCUAUGUGGGUCGCCGUGGCAACGGGCCCCAGGCCAUCUCCAUCGGCAAGAACUGCGAUAAGUUCGGCAUCGUGGUGCACGAGCUGGGCCACGUUAUUGGUUUUUGGCACGAGCACACGCGGCCCGAUCGCGACGAUCACGUGACCAUCAUACGGGACAACAUCCAACCAGGUCAGGAGUAUAACUUCCUGAAGAUGGAGCCAGGGGAGGUGAAUUCUCUGGGAGAGCCGUACGACUUUGACAGCAUCAUGCACUACGCCAGGAACACUUUCUCACGGGGGAUGUUCCUCGACACCAUCCUUCCAUCCAGGGACGAAAACGGCGUCCGGCCUGCGAUUGGCCAGCGGACCAGACUCAGUAAAGGAGACAUUGCACAGGCAAGGAAGCUCUAUAGAUGUCCAGCGUGUGGAGAGACACUCCAGGAUUCCACAGGCAACUUUUCCUCUCCUGGUUACCCCAACGGCUAUCCUUCCUACACGCACUGCGUGUGGAGGAUUUCAGUCACGCCUGGAGAAAAGAUUGUCCUCAACUUCACCACCAUGGAUCUGUACAAGAGCAGCCUGUGCUGGUACGACUACAUGGAGGUCCGCGAUGGCUACUGGAGGAAGGCUCCUCUGCUGGGCAGGUUUUGUGGAGACAAGCUUCCUGAUGUCUUGACCUCCACUGAGAGCAGAAUGUGGAUCGAGUUCCGUAGCAGCAGCAACUGGGUGGGGAAAGGCUUUGCUGCUGUCUAUGAAGCCAUCUGCGGCGGGGACAUCGACAAGGACUCGGGGCAGAUCCAGUCUCCCAAUUAUCCCGACGAUUACCGACCCUCCAAAGAGUGCGUGUGGAGGAUCACCGUGUCCGAGGGAUAUAACGUGGGCCUCAGCUUCCAGGCCUUCGAGAUCGAGCGUCAUGACAGCUGUGCCUACGACUACCUGGAGGUGCGGGACGGCCCCCUGGAGACCAGCCCUCUGAUCGGCCGCUUCUGCGGCUACGACAAGCCCGAGGACGUGCGCUCCACCUCGCACACGCUAUGGAUGAAGUUUGUCUCAGACGGGACGGUCAACAAGGCGGGCUUUGCCGCCAACUUUUUCAAGGAGGAGGACGAGUGUGCCAAGCCGGACAAUGGUGGAUGCGAGCAGAGGUGCGUCAACACUUUAGGAAGCUUCAAGUGCGCCUGCGACCCGGGCUACGAGCUAGUGCCUGACAAAAAGAGCUGUGAAGCGGCAUGCGGCGGCCUGCUUUCCAAACUCAACGGGACCAUUAGCACCCCCGGCUGGCCCAAAGAGUACCCUCCCAACAAGAACUGCGUGUGGCAUGUGGUGGCCCCCACCCAGUACCGCAUCUCCAUGCAGUUCGAGGCCUUUGAAUUGGAGGGCAACGAGGUGUGUAAGUACGACUACGUGGAGGUGCGCAGCGGCCUGUCGCCGGACUCCAAGCUGCACGGGAAAUACUGCGGCACCGAGGUCCCUGAAGUCAUCACCUCUCAGUACAACAACAUGAGGAUUGAGUUCAAGUCGGACAACACCGUGUCCAAGAAGGGCUUCAAGGCGCAUUUCUUCUCAGACAAAGACGAGUGCAGCAAGGACAACGGCGGCUGCCAGCACGAGUGCGUCAACACGGUGGGCUCGUACGUGUGCCAGUGUCGCCACGGCUUUGUGCUGCACGAGAACAAACACGACUGCAAGGAAGCUGAGUGCGAGCACAAGAUCCACAGCCCCAGCGGGACCCUGAGCAGCCCCAACUGGCCCGACAAGUACCCCAGCCGCAAGGAGUGCACCUGGGACAUCACGGCCACGCCGGGACAUCGUGUGAGGAUCGCCUUCAGCGAGUUUGAGAUCGAGCAGCACCAGGAGUGCGCGUACGACCACCUGGAGGCCUUCGACGGGGACGCCGACACGGCGGCCAUCUUGGGUCGUUUGUGCGGCAGCAAGGUGCCGGAGCCGCUGGUCUCCACGGGGAACAGGAUGUACCUCCGCUUCAUCUCCGACGCCUCUGUGCAGAGGAAGGGCUUCCAGGCCUCGCACUCCACAGAGUGUGGAGGUCGCCUGAAGGCGGACGUCCACCAGAAGAACCUGUACUCCCACGCCCAGUUUGGAGACAACAACUACCCGGGCCACAGCGAGUGCGAGUGGCUGCUGACGGCCGAGCAGGGCUACGGCAUCGAGCUGAGCUUCGUCACCUUCGAGGUGGAGGAGGAGGCCGACUGCGGUUACGACUACAUUGAGCUCUACAACGGCUACGAUGCCGACGCUCACCGGAUGGGUCGGUUCUGCGGCUCGGGGCCCAGAGAGGGAAUCUACUCUCCCAGCGAGGCCGUGCUCAUCCGUUUCCAUAGCGACGACACCAUCAGCAAGAAGGGCUUCCACAUCCGCUACUCCAGCGCCAAGUUCCAAGAGAACCUUCACACCAGGAAAUGACCGACACAACCCACCACCCCAUCGACCCUCCCCCCACCGCUCCCGCCGACCUUCCACCUCAGCGAGAAGUCCCCGUCACGUGGGCGGAGUCACGGAGUCAGGAGGGCGGAUACCCUCCCUCCGUGUGGAAGGGACACUGGUGUGGGACUUUUGGACGUCCCGCGGACGGAGUCUUUUAUUUUCGUGGACGUCAGAGCUCGUCUUGACGCAGGGGGGACAGGAAGGACCAACUGGAUGAACUACGCAGCUUCCGGAUCUUCCGGAUCUUCCAUCUUCUUUUUAUUUCAGCUCUUCAAGGAGACAUUUUUACCGCCCUGUAUCCGAACUGAUGAUUUGUGUUUGUGUUGACGUACGUACGUGUGUGUGUUUGUGUGUGUGUGCAGACAAAUGACCUCCACCAAGGCAGAACCGUCCAAAACAUGACAAGCACACACAUGGCAUCAACGUGGCAUGAGAUGCACUUCCUCUCCCGUCCAGUAGGUGGCAGUCACGCUUUCCUCCCCAUGGCCCCAUCUGCUAGAUCUGGUGGGGCGGUGCCCCUGCUUAGCCUCGAUGCAUUCACUAAAAACAGCGUAAAUAUGCCGGAUCUGCUCCAAAAAUGUUCCAGCGUCUUCCUUUAAACGUGAACGCCCGCCAUGUACGGGUCCCGCCCCACUUGGGUGUAUUUCGGUGGCUCAGGAGGGAGAGGUUCCCAUUGGUGCUAACGCUGAGUGAGGGAUAGAGACGGGGCGCAGGAAGCGUCCCGUGGAACUACUUCAUUGCCUUAGCGCUCCACGGACGCCGUGUCUUUUCGUCUUUUGUCUGAAUGCUUUUGCCGUGGGAAUGAAAGGACAUGAAGUCACGUCGUUGUUGCAUGUGCGUCCUAUGACACCCAUCUUAGGGUCAAACACGUUGAUGUGCCCCCCCUCCGCCCGUUUCCUUCCUUAAUAUGUGAGAGCGUUGUCAGAGAUGAUAUCAAAUGUGUGUGCAAAGUUAUGUGCCAAGCCCCACAUCAUCCUGAUCUUUUAUUAUUAUUAUUAUUAUGAUUAGAAUUCCACCCGUCUGUGUCUGUGACGCCGACAUGUCCUACGCCACCUCAGCAUCAUUAAAGUACACACAGGUUGGAAACAUGCCGUCUUUAAUCCAAGGCCAAGUGAGCUCCACCGGGAGGACGCCGAGGCGUUCCCGGGCCAGUUGUGAGACAUCAUCCCUCCAGCGUGUCCAAGGUCUGCCCCGGGACUCCGGGACCUCCUCCCACCUGGCACGCCCGGAACAUUUUAGUACAUUCACUAUUUGGCCACCCGAGGGCGCCAUGACUUGCCAAACCACAGUGGUGAGUAAGGAUUCUAUCCAAUCAUAUGCUGAAUGGGACUUAACCAGUUCAUCAGCAAAGAAAGCGCACAAUAAGAAAUAUGGUACAUUAAUAUAGUUAUUUUAAAUAUGACAGCAACAAGAGUAUUGAAUAUUUUUGUUUCAACGUUUACAGUCAUUUCCUGGAGUUAAAAUUCUACAAAAGUAUUUGAAUGCGUCCUGUACGGGUGAUAAUUCAUUCGGCCACUAGAGGUCGCCAAGUGAGCGUCUUACACUUGUCACGCUUUGGGUCCAUCUACUGUUCGUCCUCAGUACUGCACCAAGGCUGCUGCUGCUCUAGCUAACUACGUUGCAGUUGGGAGCAUUUGGGGCUUAAGGAAAAGCGCGCUUCUUAGUUUGAGAGACAAGAACACAGACGUCUUUCUCUUUUCUGUGCGAUCUAAAGACACGUUAGCUUGACGCAGAACUAGCCUGGAUGUUGACUUGUUGCGAUGUUGACACAGGAUUCUCCAAGUGUCAGCGAAUGCAUCUCGCGGUUGUCCAAUGACAGCGGGGAUUCUCGAAGUGUCAGUGAAUGCAUCUCGUGGUUGUGUAGUGCCAUCUAGUGCCAACGAGGAUUCGUGGAGCGUCAGCGAAUGCAUCUGGCGGUCGUCUAUGACAGUGAGGAUGGGAGGAUUUGGGAAGAUUUGGGAAUGUCCGUGAACGUGCUAUUUUUGACAGCCGUAGUUUUGGUGUGUUUAGAAGGCACGGGAAAGACAAACAUAAGCAAAAUUCCUUUUCCUUGAGCGGUACGUGAAGCAUGCACGAUAUUCCAGGUCGCACAGGUGCCGCUGUCGUGCGAUGGAGGACUUGAAGCCGUUUUGGUCACAUAGCAUCUUUAAUACCACCAUUAUAAUAAUUAGGAUAUCAAAAGUAUGGAGUAUACAUUACAUCAUUUGCAUUGCGGCACACAAAUCGGAGCUGAUUCAUGUUUCAUCUUUCUUCUUCUGGUCUCCACAUUGUGCUGAUAAUACACGGGACGCCCCCCGGAGGAGGAGUGAGCCUUAAUCGAGGAAGAAGAACAUUUAAUCGGACAUGUAUUCUGAUGUAUGUAAAAAAGUACUUGAAUCCUAUACUCUACGACUCCCUGAUAGCAGUCACCUCAGCGGACAGACAGUCUUCCUUCCUUCCUUCUCCUUCCUUUCCUCCAAAUCCUGUUGCAGUGAAGUUCUUGUUGAAGCUGUGGGAACAGUCUCUAGAAGCCAUGCCUGUUUUGUUUAGUUUUCCUUUUAGUAACAGUCCCGGUAAAUUCCCAAGAGUGCCAAAGUGUUGCGUUCACGUGACACCAGAAACCAAAUCAAGAAGAACAAAACGGGGGGAGGAAGAAAAAGAAAAAGGUGAGGCUCAACGCGGUGGAAGCUUCCAUCACCUUCACGCCACGUCGCGUCACACGCUGGUGAUGGACGCCAGGCAGCCAGACGGCUUCUGGAGCUUGUCGGGCUGCGAGGCGGGCGGCUCCGGGAUGGCGCGGAAGCUGAAGGGAAGCCCCAUGCCGCUGGUGCCGAUGUGGCCCGGGCUCAGCGCCGGGUUCUGCCGCCUGUUACUCUCCACGAUGCUGGAGGUGUUGGACGCCAGGCUUUCACGCGUCCUGGAAGAGGGAAAAUGUGAUCAUAACCAUAGAGCAGGAAAUGGCGCAAUAUUAGGGACAUCACUUCACUUCCCUAAAUAUCUCCAUGAAUAAAUAAAUCAUGCAUCGAACACGGGCCAUUUCUAUCAAGGUUCAUUUCUUUAUGACCAAAAACGCUGUUUUUUGUUCUUUUAUUGAUAAAAAUGUAUCAGCAAAAUGCAUGUGUGUGAAAAGUCAGUGUAUAAAAACUAAAACUGCGCCAAUAAAU